ACAGUCGUGGCCGGAGCUCCGCUCCAUAGUCGGUUUUUGCAUCUGAUGUGUGGAAGGCGGACGCGGCCGGCCGCCGGGAGCGCGAUAUGCACGAGCGUGUCAUGUGACACGCGUGUCAAGUGGUGCGCGACCGCGGCGUUGCUGCACACAACGCCAGACACUGACGCAGACGGUUAUCGCGUCCGGCGGUAGGAUAACAGGAAAGAAAGAAGACGAGACAAAGAGAGAGAGAGAGAGAGAGAGAAAAAGGAGGGAUAGAGAAGGAAAAAUAAAACGUUAUUGCGUGCGUGCGUGCGUGCGAGUAUCGGUAGCAGGUUUAACAUUCUCCAUAAACUCAGACCUGGUAUUUUCCUCAUAAGUCUGAUCCCCGGUGCAACGCGCAACGCGGUGCACAACACGUACAGUACGCGGUGGGCGCAAUUAUGUUAUCGGCGCAACGCGGCAACGGCACCGACGGGAGUAUCAUCACCCACGCACCGUCAUCUGCCACCACCGUUAGCAUCGUCAUCGUCGGAAGACAUCUCGAUGUUGCGAAGUACGAUACUGCCGGACUACUCGCAAAUAGUUAGAUUCCAAUGACUCUCUCUUCUCGUUACUACCCGUUCCGAUUUCUUUCUCGGAACGACAUACCCGGGAUAGCCUGCGGAGAAUUGUGAUUCUCAGUAGGUAGUGGAGGGAGCGAGUUCUUAGAGUUGCGAAAGGUGAUGGACGCGAAACGUUCGCGAACACGUGGUCGAAAGUGAUCGAUAUAUUUAAACUACUAUUGGCAGUGUAAGAAAUAAAGAGAGAAAGCAAAACCAAGAGAUAGAAAAAGUAUAAUCUGUUUACGGGUAAAUAAAAUCUUUGUCCUUUAGUUGGGCAAAAAAAGAACAGCGGUCGUAAGAGACCGUAAUUCGAGAAAGUCACUCGCGAGAAAACGCUCACCCGUCAGGACAUGGGAGAUCGCUGUACUCGUACAAAUCAUCACAUUGCAGGUUUUAGGAAUGCGGGUGCGGGUGGCAAGGGGAGGUGAUGGUCCACGCUUGAGGUGGUUGGUUUUUCUGGUCGUAGUAGUAACGGUGCGAGUCGCGGGUGCACCUUCGGACACGCUGUCGUCAUCCUCGUCGCGAGUAGAAUGUCCCGAGUGGUGCGAGUGCGUAGACACAAACAACGGUGGCAAUCUGAGAUGCGUGGGGCGCAACUUCUCCAAUGUCGUCUUACCACGAGACAUUACGAGCGUAUCGUUGAGAAAUGUCCAAGAGAAGGUGAUUCGGGCGACCGCUUUAGAGAGGACCGCCAAGCUGCGACGGCUGAUCUGGUCGUCGAGCGGCGUCGAGAAAGUGGAAUCUGGCGUGUUCAGAGCUACCCCGCAUCUCGAACGACUCGAUUUAGGUGAUAAUUGGCUGGCCGACUUACCGUCGGACGUCUUCCAUCCAUUGCAUCAACUUCAGUACCUGAACCUCACCGGGAAUCGGCUGGUCGCGCUGCCGCAGCAGCUGUUUCAUCAUCUGGGUCACCUCCAGGAAAUUCGUCUGGCGGCAAAUCUACUUUCUGUACUGCCCUAUCAGGCGUUCUCGUCCGCCAAAGAGCUCGUACGACUCGAUCUCAGCCGUAACCGACUAGUCUCGUUGCCGGAUCAUAGCUUUCAGCCAAAUCGACAGCUGCAAGAGAUACGACUAGUCGGCAAUCGGCUGACAAAGCUGCCGCCGCGGCUAUUUUCCAGCUUGGUACAACUGAAAGUGCUCGAUCUCGCCAACAAUGAAAUCGACGCGUUACCACGUAGUCUCUUCAACGACCUGACGGCCUUGCAACACCUCGAUCUCGGGGGUAAUCCAAUCGCGCAUCUCGCGGGUACCGCGUUUCAAAGCCUCAUCAAUCUCCGAUGGCUCGAUCUGAGUCGUUUACCGAUCUCAUCGCUGCCUGAUAACAUCUGGCGACCUGUCAGCAGGCUUAGGACUCUUCUGCUAUCCGGGACCAAAUUGGAGAACCUCCGAAACAAAAAUCUGGCUGGCCUGACCGAGUUGGAGACACUAGAAAUUACAAAUAGCCCGUUACGAGAGAUCGGCCAGUUGACUCUGAAUGAGACACCGUCCUUACGUAGAAUCGAUUUGCGUAACAACGAGUUGACUUUUCUGCCUGCGAAUGUAGCGCAUUUACCGUUGCUGAACGAGCUACAUUUGCAGGGCAAUUCAUGGGCUUGCGAUUGCCGUAUGUUUUGGUUCGUCAAAUGGGCGGAAAGCAGGGCACAUCUGCGUGCGGCUUUCCAAAGUGGACUCAAGUGCGGUCAUGAGGUGGACAGCACCAUAGACAUCCUGCAGACAUUACGCUACCUCGAGUGCAGUCCACCAAUUCUAGUGCAAGCUACCAAAACUCAGCAAUACGUUCUCUUGAGCUCGGUGCUGCUGGAAUGCGAGUUCAGUGGAAAUCCCGCGCCUUCCUUGACUUGGGUAACUCCGAGCGGUCUAGUGCUCCAUUGGGUACCAGAUCCAGGCUUUCCCGAUGCAUUCGUUGAACAUCCGAAGGUGCACAGCUGGCGGACAGAUCGGCCGGUUAUCGAUGACAACCGCAUUCGCGUCUUAGAGAAUGGCUCCCUUUACAUUGCAACAUUGUUGCGGCAGGACGUGGGCAAGUACAAAUGUACGGCCGUUAAUCCAAUCGCCAACGAGACCGUCUACAUAACGCUGCACAUGGACCCGAUAACCUUGCAUAAUAUCAAGAUCUUUAGUAUCCUCGUCGGCGCAAUUUGCGCCGUGGCGUUUCUUCUACUGACAUUAAUGGUGCAGCUGCUGCGGUAUUUGUUCUUCAAGUGCGGAUGCAUCAAGUGGUGCAUGUGCUGCAGACGCGUGGGCGUGACUCCACGGGCCAAGCAGAUCUACCAAAUGCUCGACAACAUCGAGCAGUACAAGAGUCAGCAGCUCGAGAGACUAAGAGAGAACUACACGCAGCAGGUGCAUAGAAUUAAGGACAAUUGUGUUCAGCAAGUGGAAUGGAUCCGCGACAGCUAUGAGGGUCAAAUGCAACAUAUACGAGACAUACGGGAUUACGGUACCAGCCAUCUGACCGCGCUGAGAGAUCAGUACUAUGAUCAGGUGAAAAGGGUACGCGACUAUUCCACCAGUCAACUGAAUUGGGUACGCGAGAAUUACGUCUUCCAACGGAACAAGAUCCGCAAGUUCAGCGCUCAUCAGGUAUUGCGGUUGCGCGAGAGUUACAAGUACCAGCAGCAGACGUUGGCUAAAGUGCUGGAGAACCUGCCAAAUCUGUACUUCGACAAUUGCCGAAGUGGCUCGUGCGGCAAGAGCGACUCCAUGGUAUUCGAUCCUACCAAAGACGACCUAACCAGCAUGGAUACAUAUUUCAAAGCGAAGAUUGACAAUCUGGUGGCGGGAGCGAGUCUGGAGGACGUCAACAGCGAGUAUUACACGCCGACCGAGCUAUCGUCAACCAGCCCGCACGGCCAGAACAUGAUGGAAGGCAUUCAUAUCAAUUACAUCGAGGAAAACGAUCCACCGCCACCUUUAGGGCCACCUACAGUGUUACCCGCUUCGUCGAUACUGCAAUGUAUCGACGAAUAUGGCAGUGUACUAUACAAGAACUACGAGAACGACAAGCCAAUUUUUAAAGGCUCUAAUGGUACAGUCUUGGCUAAGGAAUCCCGGAGAGAAACUCCAGAGGUCUUGGGACUUCUAGCACCUAGCAACAGUCUACCUGAUCUUCCACAUGAGACUAAACUCUAGCCGGUAGAAAUUAAAGCGCGUUAAAGUGGCCAAGAAUGGGUUCCUGCUAUCAUUUAAGUUAUGAGAAAAUACUAGAAGAGAGAUUGUUCUCGGACAAUCAACAGGAGUGGGGUGUAAUGAAAGUAUCAUUGCCACACUGCAUCCGAUAAGUGAGAAUCGUGUCUUCGAUGUCGAGGAGAUCGCUUGAAGCUUCUUCCGCUUUUGACUAUAUGACUGAUAUAAGGAGAGUGCUCUAGAAGACAAUACGAGAAGAACUCGUGUGAGUGCCAAGAAACGGGAGAUCCUUUACCGAGAUCAAUAACUGUCGAUGAUGAUCAAUCGCAAGAAAAAGUGUGUGCAUGUGCUAAUCUAGGAGAACAAAAAAAAAUUACGGACAGCUUUCAAGGACUACUCUUGAUAUGAUCGACCUUGCAACCUGUCCGUCUCUCAUUAAGCGACGUGUGCUUUUUUCAUCAGUGUCAUCGUUUUUGGAUGAUUAUUAUUAUCCGAAAAGAUAAAAAUUUUAAAAUAAAAUGAAAGAAACACGCGAAUUACAUUUCGUGUCCUCGUCUACUUGACUGUAAAUUAAUUUCCUCUUAUAAGCGAUGAGGAGGAAAAGUAACUUCGCCUAUAGUUGUCAAUUCAAAAAGUUUUAAGAUUGCAAGUUCCGCAAGGAAUCAUUAUCAAUCCUUUCUGUAAAUAUGCAAUGCGUGCGUGAAAAGGUUUAUGUAUCAGUGAUAUCACGAAAAAAAUCGGAUCAUCCUCAUUGCGAAAGACUGAGGCAGCGAGAUCAAUCCGCAAUGGUUCAUUUUAAUUGCUUUCGUUUUCUUUGUCUCGAUUUUUUCACGAAUUAAAAAUCAGCGUUCGGUUGCUCGUUCUUUCCUUCCUUCUUCUUCUUUUUUUUUUAAUUAUUUGUGUUUAGCGUAAUAGAUUACAAAU